AUGAUAUCAGUAUUAUCAUUUUCAUUCUCAGCCGAAUCAUCUGACAUCGCACAAUCUAAACGUGGUUGCCAAUCGAAAUGUGGGAAUGUUACAAUUCCAUACCCCUUUGGUAUAGGUAAUGGUUGCUCUAGGAUUGAGAAAGAUGAGUUCGGUAAUUCUGGUGGUAUUGUCGACUACUCCAUCUUCUGUAAUACUUCAUACAAUCCUCAUAAACCCUUCAUCAAUGCAAACGGCGGUAAAUUAGAAGUUUUUAGUAUAACAGAUACAGAAGUUCGCAUUAGAAACUCCUUCACAAGAAUCUAUUGUAGCAAUAACUCAGGUAUCCCUGUGGUUAAUAAUGACAACGAAGAUGGUGCUCCUUAUGGUGGUCUCAACUUGAAUAAUACUCCAUUUGCUGUGUCCUAUACCAAAAACAGUUUAUUUGGGAUUGGAUGCGAUGUUACCGAAGUGACAUUAUGGGCGACGGACAAUUCUGAUGAUAACAGCAGUCCAGAUAUAAAGAGAGAUUUUUACAAGGGAACUUUAUCCGAUAAUCAUGUAGUCGCCAUAAAAAAGUCCAAGGUUUUUGAUAGGAACCAAGUUGAGCAGUUCAUAAAUGAGGUUGUUAUUUUAACACAGAUUAACCAUAGAAACAUAGUGAAGCUGUUGGGUUGUUGUUUGGAAACUGAAGUUCCUUUGCUUGUGUAUGAAUAUGUAUCUAGCGGUACACUUUUUGAACACAUACAUUACAAGCAGGAUUCUACUGAAAUGUCUUCCAUGACGUGGAAAAAUCGUUUGAGGAUUGCAACCGAGGUUGCAAGUGCAAUUGCGUAUUUACAUUCCGCGGCAUCUCCACCCAUCAUUCAUAGGGAUAUAAAGUCUGCCAACGUAUUGUUAGAUGAAAAUUACACUGCUAAGGUUUCAGACUUUGGAGCGUCAAAGUUAAUUCCUUUAGACCAAACCCGUGUAAAUACACUCGUUUACGGGACUUUAGGGUAUUUGGAUCCAGAAUACUAUAAUACAAGCCAACUCACUGAUAAAAGCGAUGUGUAUAGUUUUGGUGUAGUUCUUGCAGAACUCUUAACAGGUGAAACACCACUCUGCCUUGAGAGACCAGAAGCGCAGAGAAAUCUUGCAACAUAUUUCAUUUCUUGUAUGGAAGGAAAAGAUCCGUCCCAGCUUAUCGACCCUAAAGUUGCACCUGAUGGAAAUCUGGAGGAGAUUUUUGCAGUAGCAGAGAUUGCAAAGAGAUGCCUCAGCUUAAGGGGCGAAGACAGGCCUACAAUGAAACAGAUAGCAGCAGAUCUACAAGUUUUGCAAAGGUCAGAGUCAUCCGGUUCAAAUCAUCAAAACAGGCGCCACCAGCAAAAUGAGAAAUCAAACUUGGCAUCAGAGCCAACUGAUCUCUAUAGCAUGCCAAUGAGUUCUGUCGACGGUCACUCGAGCCAACACAGGGCGGGGACAAGUAUGAUCACUCUCUCUAUGAAUCUACCUAGGUGA